GCGGCGGGGGCGGCGGGCCUCUAGGCGGAGCGCUCUCCGGGACCGGGGCUCCCUGCUCCGUGCUGGUGCCCGGAGCAGCUGGGUGUGUGUUCCCCGCCGCGUCCCGGGCGCCCGGACCCCCGGGAGCCUGGAGCGUGCGUCCACCUUCUCCGAGGCCCCGCCGUCCGCUGGAGGCCGCGGGUCCGCAUCUCUCCACCCCCGGCGCUCGGUGGCGAUCUGGUGCGGGACAGCCCCGCGCGUGCUGACCCCGCUUCACCCCUCCCGGGUCCCCGGCUCAGGUCGCCGUCCGCCCCGGGUCUGGCCUGGCUUAGGCGGCGGCCCUGGAGGGAGGGGGCAGCCCGAGCUAGCCUCGCCUCAUCCCGGAGCAUCGCCACGAAUGGCUUCUCCUUAAGCAGAGAGCAAGCAGCCCAGGGAGGAUGGUGACCCUCUGGCGUUUGUCCGUCCGGGUCUGCUUGUCACACUUGAGGUGCUUUGAGCUCAGGAAGGAACGUAGCCUUUCCGGACCCCUGAGAUGCUCUCGCAGUGCCAGACUGUGUUGGGUUCUGCUGGGUACUUUGCCCAAAUUCGUCUCAGCCCGUGGGGAUGUUGGAGAGGGGCCGACGCCUGGCAGCUCGUGCCGGCCAAAGGCCCACCCGAGUGACCUGGCUGAAAACGGACUGGUGGAAGUGGCCCAGGCGGGGCCUCUGGGCCGAGUGUUGCUGGGUCUCCGCCUAGGGCUCCGCGCUGGCGUUCUCUUGGCUAAAUUCUUCCCCCUGCUCAUCUUAUACCCGCUCACCUACCUGGCUCCUGGCCUCUCCACCCUCUGGUUCCGCCUACUUUUGAAAGCCACAGAAACCUCAGGCCCAACAUACAUCAAGUUGGGUCAGUGGGCCAGCACCCGGCGCGAUCUCUUUUCAGAGGCUUUCUGUGCCCAGUUCUCCAAACUGCAUGUCCAGGUGACCCCCCACCCUUGGGCCCACACGGAAUGCUUACUCCAGCAGGCGUUUGGGGAGGGUUGGGGCAGCUUCCUCUUUUUUGAUACCCAGGAACCCGUGGGCUCAGGUUGUGUGGCCCAAGUGUACAAGGCAUUCGCCAGCACUGCCCUGCUGGAGAGGGACAGAGCCCGGAGACUUGGGGGACCCUGUGUCCCACAGCUGUCCCCAGGAACCCCGGCAGUCGGGAUGCAGAGGGAGCCCUUUUCGGAGUGGAAGCCUUUGGAAAACCUUGCUGACGAAGCAUUUCUAGAAAAGCUGCUUCUCCCUAACGCUGACCUUGCUCCGUCACAAGUGGGCACAUUUCAGGUUCCCGGCCACCUACCUAAGUCAGAUCACCUCAUCGCAGUGGCAGUGAAAGUGUUACACCCUGGCCUGCUCACUCAGGUGUACAUGGAUUUACUGCUGAUGAAGAUUGGCAGCCAAGCCCUGGGGCUUUUACCAGGCGUCAAAUGGCUUAGCUUGCCCGAGAUUGUGAAAGAGUUUGAGAAGCUCAUGAUCCAACAGAUAGACCUGCGUUAUGAAGCUCGGAAUCUGGAACACUUUCAGCACAACUUCGAGAACAUCACGUCUGUGAGAUUCCCCACCCCGCUGCACCCCCUGGUCGCUCGGGACAUACUGGUGGAAACAUAUGAAGAGAGCGUCCCGGUAUCCAGCUACCAGCAGGCAGGAAUUCCUGCAGACCUGAAGAGGAAGAUUGCACAUCUGGGGAUCAACAUGCUUUUGAAGAUGAUAUUCGUGGAUAACUUUGUGCACGGAGACCUUCACCCUGGGAACAUCCUGGUCCAAGGUGCUGACGGAUCGUCCCCAGGCCUGGAGAUUGAGCAGCAGCAGCAGCAGCAGCAGGUGAACGUCAGUGACGCACUGGUGGCCUCCGUGGUGCCUGCCCUGUGCCCGCUGCGCCUGGUGCUGUUGGAUGCUGGCAUUGUGGCAGAGUUGCAGGCUUCAGACCUGAGGAAUUUCCGGGCAGUGUUCCUGGCUGUAGCGCUGGGGCAGGGCCACAAAGUGGCUGAGCUCAUCCUGCAUCAUGCCCGGGCCAACGAGUGCACGGAUGUGGAAAGGUUCAAGGCUGAGAUGGCUACGUUGGUGACCCAAGCCAGGAAGAACACCCUCACCCUGGAAAAGCUUCACGUUUCCAGCCUCCUCUCCAGUGUUUUUAAGCUACUGAUGAUCCACAAGGUGAAGCUUGAGAGCAACUUUGCCUCCAUUGUGUUCGCCAUCAUGGUGCUGGAGGGGCUCGGCCGCUCGCUGGACCCCACGCUGGACGUCCUGGAGGCAGCAAAGCCCUUUCUUCUCAGAGGAGGGGGGUCCCUGUGACUGUGGCGGGGGACACACAGUGAAGGCAGGCCCCGGCGUCUGCCCUUUGGCAGCGGAGACAUCUAAAAUUGGCAUGUGUGGCAGAAGCACCAGUAAUUACCCGGUGACCUGCAGGACCUGUUGAAAAAACUUUGGGUUAGGGUAUAAAGCGAGGGAGGCUGAAGCUGGUGCCAGAGAAGCCAUUUCAGGAAAAACACCCUGCAGAAGAAGACAAAAUACAUUGACUUAUUUUGUU